GUAAGGAGAGGCUAGUCGCCAUUGGGGCAUCCCGUCUGGUAGUAGCCCAGUGAGAGAUGGGUCCGAGGCGGCGAGGGGCUCAGAGUGGCGAGCUCAGAGCAGGAGAGAAUGGAAGGCAAAAUCGCACUGCAGCUCAAAGCCACGCUGGAGAACGUCACGAACCUUCGGCCAGUGGGCGAGGACUUCCGGUGGUACCUGAAGAUGAAAUGUGGCAACUGUGGUGAGAUUUCAGAGAAGUGGCAAUACAUCCGGCUGAUGGACAGCGUGGCGCUGAAAGGAGGCCGAGGCAGUGCCUCCAUGGUCCAGAAGUGCAAGCUAUGUGCACGGGAAAACUCUAUUGACAUUUUGAGCAGCACCAUCAAGGCUUACAACGCUGAAGACAAUGAGAAGUUCAAGACGAUAGUGGAGUUUGAGUGCCGGGGCCUUGAACCAGUUGACUUCCAGCCCCAGGCUGGGUUUGCUGCUGACGGUGUGGAGUCAGGGACAGUCUUCAGUGACAUUAAUCUGCAAGAAAAGGAAGGAACUCAAGUUUGGGAAAAUGACAUGAUUUUCCUGGUUAGAAGACCAAGAGAUGGAGUUUAGGCCUGGGUGGUCCGCUUAAAGGUCUCCUGCGUUCAUGACUAGCUGAGUCAGAGCCUGGAUUGGGCUUUGGAACUUCUGGUUCUCCACUGUCCACAUUGUACUGUUCUGCCUUGAAAGGCUAAUGCUGCCUUCUUAUUUCAUAGGACUGGACAGACUAUGAUGAAAAGGCUCAGGAGUCUGUGGGGAUUUUCGAGGUCACCCAUCAGUUUGUGAAGUGCUGAACUGUCUGCCCGCAAACUUGCCUGUAAGAACUAAGGAGAGACACAGCGCCCUGAGCAGCAGUUCCCAUGGAGGCUUCUCAUCUCUGCUCUCCUAGCACCUGUACCAAGUCUGCAUGCCAGGGUUUGCCGCAGUUCUAAGUCCCACCAAUAAAGCCCCUGUUGGUGCCACAGUGCUGCGUGAAGGUGGUCUGAGAAAUACUCCCUCCAUUAAUAAGAUUGGACUCUGGAGGUCUUUGCUUUCUAAUCCCUAUUCUGUACCUGAUCCAGUUUGCAUGUGGCUUAUAUAAAGGCUCUCUAUCUAGCUCUUAAGAAAUAGGCAGGUCAGCCUCCAGGAUCAAAGGCAUGAAAGCACAAAUGGCAGAGAAUCCUAUGGAGUGCUGCUGUGAACCCAGUAGUUCCAGCCUAAAACACUCCCCGAUGAUGAUGGCACCUCCGUUAGCUGCUCAUCUCACACCCAGAGCUCACUCUAUAGACCAUCAGGCCACCGCGGGCACAUACCCAUCUACUCUACAAAGUUCCUGGCUGAUGGCUCUGUUCACUUGCUGUGAUAGAGUACUUCCUGUCAGAGUCAACAUGAAAGUUCUGUGGAAUCAGACUCUGCAUCCCCUGAAGCACCUAUUGCUGGUACAAUGUAUACCCUGUUCUACCUGCAGACAACUCUUGGAGUGAAGACAGCAGUCAUUGCCUCUUAAGUCUCGUGGGACCAAAGAUCCCACACAGCAGACAGAGCUAUUGAGCGCAGUACUAGGCAAUAAGUAUGUUGUGCCUUCAUACCUGGGAAACCUGUUUCCACACACUAUUUCUCCAAUAUUCUACUGGAGAGAAAAAAAAAAGAUUGUAUUUUUAAAUUA